CUUCCCAUCCGAAUCUAGCCCGUCUCGAAUCCCGCAUCCCUGUCUCCAUGCUUUCGGAGGCAUUUUGAAUUUCCUUGGCAACAUGGAGCUGCCUGAAUUAGAAUUCUCUGCAUGACAGUCCUGGUAAGCAGUAGGAUGGUGGAGGCAGGGGGGCACAGCUACUUGGUGGCGUGCUGGCAGCCCAUCCUGAUCCUGAUGCUCGGCACCGUCCUCUCCGGAUCCACCACCGGUUGCCCCUCCAGAUGCGACUGCAACGGCCAGGAGCGUUCGGUCGUGUGCCAUCGACGGAGGCUGGCGGCUCUCCCCGAGGGCAUCCCCACCGAGACGAAGCUGCUGGACCUCAGCAAGAACCGGCUGAAGACUCUGGGCCCCGAGGAGUUCAUUAAUUACCCUCAGCUGGAGGAGCUGCAGCUCAACGAAAACACCAUUUCGUCCAUCGAGCCCGGGGCUUUCGGCAACCUCAUGAACCUUCGGACUCUUGGUCUGCGCAGCAACCAGCUGAAGCUCAUCCAGCUGGGAGUGUUCACUGGCCUCACCAACCUCACCCAGCUGGAUAUUAGCGAGAACAAAAUAGUCAUCCUGCUCGACUACAUGUUCCAGGAGCUGUACAACCUGAGGGCUUUGGAGGUCGGCGACAACGACCUGGUGUUCAUCUCCCCGAGGUCGUUCCACGGUCUCAGCAACCUCGAGAGCCUCAACAUUGAGGGAUGCAAUCUGGCCGCCGUGCCCACUGACGCCCUUAGCCAUCUGCACAACCUGUUGUCACUCCGAUUACGCUAUCUGAACGUCACUGUCAUACGGGAUUACUCCUUUAAGAGACUGUAUCGGCUCCGAGUGCUGGAGAUUUCUCAUAUGCCUGCCCUGGAUACCAUGACCCCGAAAUGCUUGUUUGGACUCAACCUCACAUCCCUGUCUAUCACAAACUGUAAUCUUACUGUCAUCCCCUACCAAGCCAUCAGCCACCUAAGACAUCUUCGGUUUUUGAAUCUGUCUUUCAACCCCAUUCAUACCGUAGAAGGGAACCAACUGUUCAAUCUGCAGAAGCUCCAGGCUUUUCAUUUGACUGGUGGGAAGCUUGCCGCCAUCGAGCCCUACUCUUUCCGAGGACUCAACCACCUCCGUGUGCUCAACGUGUCCGGCAACAGCCUGAGCACCCUGGAGGAGUCCGUCUUCCACUCGGUGGGAAACCUGGAGACCCUGGCUUUGUACGACAACCCCCUGGCCUGCGACUGCCGCCUGCUCUGGGUCUUCCGCCGGCGGUGGAGGCUCAACUUCAACAGACAGCAGCCCAUGUGCGCUUCCCCCGAGGUCGUGCAAGGGAAAGAGUUCAAGGAUUUCCCCGACAUCCUCCCUUCGGACUACUUCACCUGCCAGAAAUCCAAGAUCGCGGAUUACAAGGUGCAAGAAAGCCACGUGGACGAGGGUACCACGGUCCACUUCGCUUGCCAGGCCGAAGGCAAUCCGCUGCCGGUGAUAAUGUGGCUUUCCCCCAAGAAGGAAUACAUCACUACCAAAACUAUGGGAUCAAGACUUUCUGUGACCGAUGAGGGGACGCUGGAGGUGCGUUACGCCCAAAUCCAGGACAAUGGCACCUACUUGUGCAUUGCAAGCAACGCAGCGGGCAACGACACCAAAGCUGCUCACCUUUUCGUGCACAGCUACUCCCCGAACUGGCCCCACCAGCCCAACAAGACAUUCGCCUUCAUUUCCAACCAGCCGAGCGACGAAGGCGCCAACGUGACCCGGGCCACGGUUCCGUUCCCAUUCGACGUAAAGACUCUCAUCAUCGCGACCACCAUGGGAUUUAUCUCUUUCCUCGGAGUGGUCCUCUUCUGUCUUGUAAUAUUGUUCCUCUGGAGUAGAGGGAAAGACAACACCAAGUCGAGUAUAGAGGUUGAAUAUGUGCCACGUAAAGAGGAGACGGAGGAGGCCAGUCCGACCGAGGCACCGGUGCAAUUCAACAUGAAAAUCAUGUGAACCUCAAAACAAAACCAACACAAAAAAAAGAGGUUAUAAGCUUACAAACUGCAGUCGGGAUGCAUACUGUCCCUGCUUCGAAUAUGUACUCAGUCUAUGAGCGAUAGAAAUUGCACAGCAGCAAAACGCAUCUUGACACUAUACCCUUCUUUUUUUUUUUUCUUUCUUUUUUUUACUUCAGGGACUGAAUCUUUCAAAGCAAAUGUUGAAUUUCAAAUAUUCAAAUUUCUGUAAAUUUGUAUUGGCAAUACUCAAUCAGUAUGUUAACAUGCACGCACAACCCGACAUGCAGUGUGUGCCACCCCAUCAAAGCACAUGGAUUACAGCUGGAGUUUCACUUUCAGGUAUAAUCUUUGUACCAGCAGCGAAUGUUGGAUCUUGUUCCUGUUUGACAUUUGUUUUUGUUUUGACGAAGGUACAAAGCACAAUAAGCCACUACGAGAGCUGAAGUUCUGCCACCUGAAGUUCUAAGCAGGUUUCUUUUUGUCCCAUAACAAGCGACUGACAAGUGCGACAUGAGUAUUUUUACUUUUAGAUAAACAGACGUGAGGCGGCGCACACAGCCCCAUCCUGACAGAACAAUGACUCACGAAACAAGUCAUGAAAAUUACAAAGAUGGAGGAAUCAGAGACUAAAUUUGAAGGUCAUACUUGGGGUCGUAAUAUUCAGAGUGCUGUAAUAUUGCCAGAAAUUGAUAUUUUAUUUUAUUUUUUUUAGAUCUUGCUUCUGUGAAAUUUAAAAAGUAUUAGGAGUGAGCUGGCGGGUUCGAGACGGAAGCGUAAGUGUGCCUCACCACCCGUCGUGUGUCGCUGAGCGGUGGCCUUUUAACUAUUUUUUUCAACAUCAUUAAACCGCGUUUUGAAGUUUUCUCUGUGCACUCUGCUACUGUUGUCCUCGAGAAAAUCACGUCUAAAAAAAAACUUCAAACAGCAGCUUGAAUCUCCAUUAGUCCUCACAGAGGAGGAAGUCUGUCAGCUGGUGUUCAAAUUUACCGUUUUGGUACCUGGACUACUUCCUGAACCGGUCAAGUGUGCAUGUUAACACACUGAAUAAGAAAAACAAGCCAGAGUAUGUGCUGCUCUCAGCCAACGGAGUAAGUUUGUCAUUAAAUGUAUUGACAUGUUGCGCUAUACAUAUUUUUUCUGUAUUUUAUUCCUUCCUUGUACAUUACGCUAUGGCACAAUAGUAAUGCUUUCGGUGGCUGUGGGUUCUGAACAUAUUACAAUCUAAAGAGCAGAUUAAAUAUCCAGUAUAAUGUUUUUUACACAGAGUGUUAAACUGCUUUCCGGAGUGCACGUCUGAAAAUCACCAGACUAACAAUUCAUCAUCCGAUAUGACGACGUUAAUUUGUUUAUCUAUUUGGCAGCUCGGCGAGCGCGAGCACUCCGUCCAAGUCCUGAGGUCGUAUAUCGUCGCCGUUCAUCUUGAAAGUGGCGACAUUGUUAAUUUGUUGCCUUAAGUAACCCAUUUUCCAGCUUUCAGCUGAGCAAUACCCGAUAUUUAUGAGUAAAAUGGAGUUUAAUGCCUCAUAAGGAUUUUAUGUUGUCUAAUUAAUUUCACAGUCAAGGUCUGCUCUGAAGAUAAUGUGUUCAUUAACUCUUAAAAUACUUGUUUCAGAAGGGUUGGGCAGAUGGAAAUUCUAUUAAAAUAAAGAACAUUUUAUACUA